UUCGCACGGUACCCACCAGCCGAGCUCGGUACGGACGUCACGCCGAGCAAAACGAGAAGCUCCAAAAGCUCUCCCGCAAACAAAACACCAAAACCACCGCAACAGCACACCAUGCGAGGUCUCCGCGCACCCAGAUCGCUCCUACAUGGCGCCAAUGGCAUUCUACAAGCUUCUCGAAGCCAGGCGCAGGCGCCGCUCGCGGCCCGCCUGAUCACAGCGUCCGACGCCCUCGCGCCGACUAGGACGACGACGACCGCAGCCCCUCUCGCGACACGCCCCUUCUCGCACUCUGCCCCUCUCCAGAAGGAGAAGAGGAAGUCCCGGCAGUCUCCGACCUACGACUCGGCUGAGAUCGUCUCUCGGACCUCCCACACCGUCGACGAUGCCGACCACGACGACCUCCCCGGCUCCAAGCACCCGAAGCCCGACCCGGCCGACCCCCUCAACUUCGCCGACGUCGCCUCGCGUCUCGCGUCCCUCGCCGCCCACCACACCGAGGUCCUCAAGCUGCUCCAGUCUGGCGACCGCUUCUCCCCGGACGCUAUCGGCGCCCUGGCCGUCCAGCCCAACCGCAAGGACCCGACGACCUACCCCCUCCGUGAGCUAGCCGAGAUCGUGCCCCGGCCCGGUGGCCGUACCGUCUCCCUCCUCCUCCACGAGAAGGAAUACAUCAAGCCCGUCAUGGCCGCCGUCCAGGCCUCGCCCGACUUCAACCAACAGCCGCAGCGCGACCCGGACAACGAGCUCGAGCUCGUCCUCAAGGUCGAGGCGACCAACAAGGACGCCGUCGUCCGCCGGGCCAAGGACGCCGCCCAGGCCUGGCGGGAGAAGAUGCGCGCCGUCACAGAGAAGCGCAAGAAGGUCCACGCCAAGUGGCAGAAGGAUAGGGCUAUCGUGCCCGACCUGAAGAAGCGGGCCGACAAGGAGCUGCAGAAGCUGCAGGACAAGGAGAUGAAGGUCGUCGACGCGGCGGAGCAGCAGGCCGUCAGGAAGAUCCAGGGCUGAGGCUGAUCUCUGACGAAUUCUCAGUUGGUCCUUCUUCUCACAGCUGGAGAAACCCUCCCUCGAACGCGGGAGCGCCAUGUACAUGAAUGUUGUGAAACGGGGCAUCUUUUCUGCCCCUGUUACCAAGGUAUGCAUGGCAGGAAAGAAAGAAACAAAAAAAGGCUUGAAACGUCCGGUCUAUAGUGUACAGUAGAAGAGACUUUUGCAUC